AUGAAGGGGCGCAACGAACGCAAAACGAACAUCGAGCAGGUGAUGAGCGACUACCUGAUCAACUUGAGCUACCUGUACAAGAACUCACAGUCGCAGUCACACUCACUGAGUGAUCAUGAGAACGCCGAGGGAAAGAUUAUUCACAGGACAAGCAACACCAGAUCGGAACUCCUUAAACAAGAAACCCUUCUCAUGUGCAAGAAGGACAAUAGCAACAACAGCGCCAGCAGCGCCAGUACUAGUGACGAGAUAUUAUCAGAAAGCGCCAAGAGCAUGUCUGCUUUCUACCACAAGAUGUUGAAUACCAUCUUCCCCCCGAGGGAGAGAGAGAUAUACCUCCACUUAAAGAAAAUACUCCAGACGCAAGAACACUUUGCAGAUGUCGAGGCCAAUGAGUACCUCUUCUGCUAUCUGUUCGUGUUGUCCAUUAAAAAUAUGUUCUACACCAUUAUCUUACAAAGGAAGCUGCAGCAACACGUGGGGCAAGAUAUCCCAACUGCGUGUAAUGAUGAUGACCCAGUAGCGUCAAAUGAUGAAGACCCAGCAGUGUCUAAUGAUGAAGAACCAAUAUUAUCUAAUGAUGAAGAACCAAUAUUAUCUAAUGAAGAAGAGCCAAUAUUAUAUAAUGAAGAAGAGCCAAUAGCAUCUAAUGAUGAAGAGCCAAUAGCAUCUAAUGAUGAAGAGCCAAUAGAAGGUAAAGGGAACGAUGAACAUCUACUCAAGGGUGGAGAAGAACCUGAAGAAACUCAACUUGCAGAAAUGCAACCUAGACAAGAACAGACUACACAAGAACAGAUUAGAGAGGAAAAGCCUAGAGAGGAACAACCUGCAGAAGAAAAACCCAAAUGGACAAACGCGCAAAAGACGCAAACGGAAAAACAACGACGGGGGGAAGAACUCCUGGAGACUAAUCUGGAAAACUUCGGAAAGAACUACAUCUAUCCGCUUUUCGAGGCGCUGAAAAAAAAUAAAUCCUAUUGGCUGAUCCCACUGACCGUAAUAUCAUGUGGCUACCUCUACUACAAAAUGAAGGGGAGAGUAGCGGCCUGCAUAAACAACUAUUACCUUAACGUAACAAAGUAUUUCACACGCACCUUCCUGUCCCCAUGGGGUACUACGGAUGCAGCCAUUUCCAAAGAUUACAACCAUUUCUUUCACAAUGUCCACAAGAACAACGUUAAAACGAUCUUAUUCAAUCCAUCCAACAACACAUUCACGUACGUUUUAAGCAAAGCGACUCUCCCGAAGGGAGGCACAAACAUGAAUAUCUUCAAUUCAAACAAAAUGGUAAGCAGUGCACCUGCACCCACAGAGGACGAAAGGAAUAACGUGUACACCAUUUUUUACAAUGACUACAUAAUGAAGUUUUUACUAAAAAAUAAAUUUUACGAAAACGUGGAGAUAAAAUUAGACGAUAAAAUGAUGAAGUUAUCCUUGGUAGAAGUUAUUAAAAAGAAUCUGUUCGAUCUAGUUACAUACAGCCUUUCCUUAGCAACAUUUUUCUAUUUCUAUGAGAAGAACCUCUCUAUUUCAUCCCCCUUUACAAGUAUGGAUUGCUCUUCCCAAAGUACAAACAAAGAUAACGCCCUCAGUAAUAUUAUUCUGAACGACAAAACGAAGAAGGACAUCAAGGGGGUCUUAUUUUUUCUCUUAUUUUCUAGCAUAUUCCCAGAGAAUUAUAACCUAUCUGGUUAUAACACUAUUUUAUUCACAGGAGAGACUGGCACGGGAAAGAGUAUGUUAGCCAAAGCGAUUGCCAGAGAGCUGGACGUUGAAUUCAUUCACCUCUCAGGAUCUACCUUCAUAGAGUUAUACAUUGGUAACGGAGCUUCUAAAUUGAGGAGCCACUUUAGGAGGGCCAAACGUAAUUCCAGAUCUGUACUCCUUUUCAUUGAUGAGAUAGAUAGCAUUGGCUUAAGUAGAUCUAUGAACAACGAUGGUGGAAACAACGCCAACCAUGAGUACACACAGACGUUGAAUCAGUUGCUAAUAGAAAUAGAUUCUUUGCAUGAGUAUAACAGAGAACAGUUCCUCAUGGCAUCGCGUGGUCAGAAUAAAAGGGGCCUUCUCUCCAGCGUGAGGGAAACCAUCAUGGAGAUCGUCUCGCCGGCUGCAGAGUCCGGAGAGGCGGAGGGCGAUCACUACAGCAGAGGUGAUCAGUACGGGGGCGACCACUAUCGAGGUGAUAAUUACCGGGGUGAUAAUUACCGGGGUCAUCGCCCACGGGACGGCUACGAAAUUAUGCAAUAUUACCUGAACAACGACCUCACCCUCCAGGAGGUGGAGGAACUGUUCAACCUGAGGAAAUACCGAACGGGCAAGUUUAUCCUGUUCAUCGGGGCAACCAACCGGUACAAGAUGCUGGACUCUGCGCUAGUCAGAUCCAAGCGCUUCGACAAAGUCAUCCACUUCCAUCUGCCUAAUCUGUUCACGCGUCGAAGGCUCUUCGAGUUUUAUGUGGACAAGUACACACGGGGGGUAUCCCCCCACAACAUGAAGGGGCUGCCGAUGCAGAGAGGGUUGCCCCCGUGCAAAACGCCAUUACCUCGACUGGAGUAUGCCCCCUUCAGGCACAAAUUUAGCAACCACUUUAGUGCACUCCACCCCGGGGCAAAGGAUAAGUACGAAUACCUGCUGAAGUCGCUCAGGAGGGGAAGGUUGGGAUCCAACGCGCGGGGUACCAAAAAUAACUACCAUUGUGAGAACCGUAAUGGGGACUACUUUGGUGCUUCACACAGUCACGUCGACACCUUAGCGCUGUCCGUCCUGACGACCUUGUUCAACUGCGCCGACAUAGACGAGAUAGUGCACUCCGUUAAAAUGAACAGUCUCACGCAGAGUCAUCUGCACCGACAGGCUCAUGACAUUAAUAGUGCCCUCUUCGAAGUGGUGGACUCCACCCUAUUUAAUAAAUUCACGUACGAUAAUCAUGGAGAGAAGCUAAGCAGUCAGGGGAAUAAAACCGAGAUGACCGACACCAAAGGAUCAGCAAACAUAAAGUUCAGUGGUAGCAACUGGUGCACCGAUGCAGAUUACGAGGACUACUUAUCCAGGUUUAUUCAUUUCUGUAAUGAAGAAUUAGAGAAAAGGAUAAAUGAUGAGGAAAGAAGGAGGAAGAACCAAAGGAAAGGAGGAUACUCUCAUGGGGAGAAAUUAACAUUCGAUGAUUUACUGUUUUUUAAUGACUUACAAAAAAUGAAGACAAAGAUAUGGAGAGACGAGGAUAUGAAUUUUAUCCUUCAGAAUGGUUUUUGCGUGAACAAUGGUUUCUUUCCACCAGGUAGGAGUUACCAUCUCUACCUCCUGUGGAAGUCAAUUGAAAGCUUUUACGUGACUCUCCAUUCGAGCUGCAACCGGGCCAUCUGCUAG